GGCUAGGCCAACUUCCUGUUUGCAAGAUGGGCCAACCAGAUGUCUUGGGAGCCCACAAGCAGCAGAUGCCCAUUGUUCCAGCAUAAGGGAUAUUCAGAAUCAUAUCAUUUCAGAGCAGGAAGGGAUCGUGGAGGCCCAAAGGUCCAACCCCCUUGCUCAGUGCAGGAAACUGCCGCAGCAUCCCUUGCCAGGUGACUGUCUAUCCUCUGUUUCAGACUUUGUAAAAAGGAUUCGAAGUGAUGCCAGAUCCUCUGGCAUUUUGCUGGCAACGAACGGGGAGAAGGAAAACGAGGGAGGCUUUUGAAGACGCCCCAUGAGCGCUCGCAGCAGCAGCGGGGUCCCGGGCCGCAAGCGCUGGACUUGCCAGCCGCGCUCCGCAGGCGAUGGCGAGGCGACCACCCCACCGCCCAGGCAGCCUGCCCCCGCCGUGCCUAGCUCCUCCAGUCCGCCCUCCGCUUGGGCGCCACGCCCCCUGGCAACUCUGGAGCCAAUCCGGAGCGCCGGGUGGAAUUCAAACCCCUCAGCCUGCAGCGCACCUGCCUGGCUGGUCCCCAGCGGGCCCUCCUCUGCAGGAUCAAGGCGGCGGCGGCGGCGGAGAUGGAGACGGAGACGCUGGGGGCUGAGAGAGCCGGCAGCAGCCGGGCGAGGCUCCGCGCAACAGCUGGAUGGUGCUGAGUCUGCCAGCCACCGCCCUGCUACUGCUGCUGCUGCGCCCUCUGCCAAGUCUGAGGCUGAAAACUUGGUUUCUCAAAGCAAUUGUACGUGUUCUCAGCAAUCCAGGAGCCACAUGGGAUAAACACCGCCCUGGCCUGCCCUUCAGCUUGACCCUCAGGAACUGGAAAGGGGGAUCUGCCAAAGCCAGUUCUCUGCUUUCGCGGCGCGAUCUUCUCCAGGCAGCAGCUGUGCCUCCUCCUGCAAGAUGGCAUGCAGCUGGUGGCGUGGCUGACGGACGGACGGAUGGGGGCUGCUGCUGCUUCUCCGGGGCCCGGCAGGUCACUGGAGUGUGCAUCAGUGGUACUGCGUGACCCCCCUCUCUUGUCACCAUGGAGUAGUCCUCCGGGUACAGGUGGCCUUUCCGGGGGAGAUGGGUCAGUCCUAGAGGAUGUGGGCUGCGUGACGAACCAGGCGGUGCUGCCACUACGCGUGCUGGCGAGGUGGGUGUGCUGUGCCGUCGCCAUGGAUGACUCCUCGACCCUGGACUAUGAACUCCUCUCCCCGGGGCAGGCGGAGGCUGGUCCUGGCACCCUCGGCAUGGAUGCGGAGCAGAAGACAGUGUUUGCCUUCGUCAUCUUUCUGCUGGUCUUCCUGGUGAUGCUGAUGGUCCGCUGCUUCCGUAUCCUCCUGGAUCCCUACAGCCGGAUGCCGGCUUCCUCCUGGACCGACCACAAGGAAGGGCUGGAGAGGGGCCAGUUUGAUUAUGCCCUGGUGUAGUUUGGGCCCGCCCACCCCCCCGCCCCAAUGUGCUCCCAUAACUGUGGGUGGGGGAUGUGAAGUGUACACGUGUGUGUGUGUGUGUUUAAUUGUGGGGGCGGGGGAGAUCCUGGGUGUUUAUCCCGCUUCUCGUCCGUGUGUUUGUGUCGGGAGGGCAGAGAAGCCCCACUUGCUGUGAUCCUUAAGUGUCUUGUGUUGUGGUGGGUUGUGCUACGUCCGGGGGGCAGAUGAAGGGCAUGGGGGGGGAAGGGGCUUUGGUGGGGUGGGGGGUGACUGCUUAAACAGUGAGGGUGGGAUAGAUGUGGUGGGGAGUGAGGGUCAACUUACAGGGCUUACUUUUCUCAAAGGUGGUGACCGACUCUCUUCCAGACACUUUUGGCGGGGGCUUUCCCCCGCAAAGAAGCCCUUUUUUAUUUUCCUGAUGUGUUCAUUCUUUCCCAGAACCCCACUUCUGUGAGGGCAAGUUGCGCUUCUCUCGGUGCUGACCGCCAAAGCGCUCUGCACAUGCUCAGAGGCACACUUCUUUUGAGAGCGGGUGUAGUAGAAUGGCCAGGCAUCGGAGACUUAGCUAGGCUGGCUCGCACGGUCAUUCACAUGAGGGUCGGAGGUGGGCUACCCUGCUUGGCAGGAUCAUCAGCCCUCAGGCAUUUCCCUCCAGCCCAGGGGCCUCCCAGCAGGGCUACCCAGCUUUUGUACCCAACUUUUGUCCGGGGGUGGAGGAGAAGAGAGCCCUCCUAGUUGGGAGAAUUUGCUGGAUGUUUGCCUCAAAUUUUGACUUGGCCUAGAUUACCAAGGCCAUGUAUAUGGCAUUUGGUGGCUGUUCUCACGUGCAUCCUAAACCAAGCUAGGGACGCCCAGCCCCGGUUAGUCUGCACGUGAGAACUGCUGGAAUUGGGCCCGAUCCCAGCAGGCCAGCGCCUCCUAACCCCAUCAUGAAACCCGCCUCCUAAAAGAGGUGAAGGGAGCAAGCGCCUCUUCGCCUUGUUGUUUUGAUCGUGUGCAGUGCUGACUGAUUUUAGCCAGCGCUGUGCAGUAGUGGUGAUGGGUUCCCGCCCAUCGCUGCAGAUCCCACUGCAGGGGGCCCACAAUGUGGUGCAUUAUGGGAUUUCUGGGGGCCCGGAUGCGCCGUCCUGGCCCUGAACCUGCCACGCUGCCUGGGGCCGCGGAGGAUCAUCUGGGCACGUGGUGGACACCUGCAGGGAAAGUAAGUUUAAACAGCCUUCCCUGCCGCUCACCUCGUAGCCCUUUCAUUCAGUCAUGAGAAUGGGCUCCUUAUUUCAUUUGUGGUUACUUACAAUUUUAAACUGCCCUUCUUCAAGACCCCAAAUGUUCUGAACAUUCCAAAGGCUGCCGACUAAAUGUGACGUCUGAUUAUGACCAGAACGUGCUGCUGCUCAUGUGUUGCAAUUCCCGUCUUGCCAUUCUCGAUUGCUGGCGGUUUCCCAACAGAGGCUGAACAGCCACCUGUUUGGGAUGCUUAGCAGAUGGCUGUACUGAGCAUGGGGUUGGACAAGAAGACCUCCAAGAUCCCUUCCAACUCUUCAUUUGUAAGAUUCUGUGAAUUAAGUGCAACUGAGCAUGUGCAGAGUGCCCAGAAAAAAACUCAAGAACAUAAAUAAAACAAACUAAUUUCAAUCUUUUGUCUUAAUUCAUAAGAGUCUAUGAAUCAUCAAGUCAAAAGGUUGGAAAUAGUUUGUUUUUUGUAUGUUCUUGAAUGUUUCUGGGCACUCUGCACAUGCUCCGAUGCACUUUGCUGUCCCAGGAUCAAAUACUUGGCAGUGAACAAGGUGUCUCUGAGGAUGUGUAGAGUGCCUUCAUAACUGAAUCACCACCAGUCAGUUCUUCAACAUGUCCCAGAAACACUCAAAGGCACACAUUAGUGACAUCAAACUUUUUCUAGACGGCUGAGGAAAAGAUGAAUUGAAAGAUGUAUCAGGAGGGCAAAAAGCCCACUGGUGACUCAAUUGAACUAGGAUGUCAAAAUCUUGGCAUAUAUUUUAAGUUCUUGAAUUCUAGGGUUGCAAUUAAUUUUAAUUAGUUUUAAUUAGAGGAGGUUUUUUUUGUUUUGUUUUGUUUUGUUUUAAACCAAAAGCAGCAUUAUAGAAGAUCACACCUGCUGUCAUGUAGGUUAGUUAAGUAUUUUUUUAAAUUUAAAAAAAUGCUUAGAAAAAGCACAGGUGGCAUCUUGGAAGAGGAUCCCUUCUUGUCUCACACACAAGAGGGAAUACCUCUUCUGGAAGAGGCAGCCCCUCUUUGCAUACCAUCUUCUGAAAGAAAAGAUUGCCUGCUGCUCCUAAGUGAUUGUUUUAUUCACAUGCAAGGGUAUACAAAUACAAUCCAAUGGCGGAGAUUCCUUUCAUCCGGUAGCAACUGAGGUGGGUACCACAUUUUUUUUGUUUGCCAAAACAAGGUCACACCAAGUAAGUGCAGCACGUCUAAUGUUUUGCCCCUAUUCAGCUUGUCCAUGCCUUUUGCCAAAAGAAGUUCUUGGUUUUGACUGAAAACCCGGAAACCUCUGGGACGGGGGAAAUGACAGUUCGGCCCUGUCCCAAACUGUCUGGAAAGAGGAGAGUCUUGCAGCAAAAGCAACCAAGAGUCCUGUGUCACCUUCAAAGCUAGCAGAUUUAUUGUGACAGAAGCAUCCAUGUGCUGAGCCCACACCGUCCAAUGUGUGAUGUAUUAUUCUCAGUUGGCAGAGAGAGAGGGAGAAGAAGUGGGGUUAAAAGACCAUGAUAGGCAAGUGGGUCUGCAGAGCCCCAAACCCCAUAGUCCCAACUGAGAAACUCAUGGACGUUAUGAGAAGGGCGGGCCAUGGGCUUCAUCACGGGGAUUUUGGGUGUCUUUGAAAGAGCAAGCCCAAGAUUAUAUGAGCAUAGUUAGAAAGAUUGCAUUCUCCCUAACAGUGCUCGGGAUUCCCAGAUGUGGUUGACUACAACUCCCAGAAUCUCCAAGCAAAAGCCAUUGCAGCUGGGGAUUCUGGGAGUUGUAGUUAACAACAUCUGGGAAUCCCAGUUAGAGGGAACACUGGUCUGCAGUUACUGCAUAGAGCAUGGGUUCUCAACCUUGGGUCCCCAGAUGUUGUUGGACUUCAACUCCCAUAAUCCCCACCCAAAGGCCAUUGGGGCUGGGGAUUAUGGGAAUUGAAGUCCAGUAACAUCUGGGUACCCAAGGUUGAGAAUCCCUGGCAUAGAGUAAUCUUAUCCUCCCUCCGAGGGCCAAAGUAUAAGUUACCUGAAUCUGUGAAUGGUAUCUACAAAAAUAGUUCCCCACAACCUGCUUGUUUGCACCAGGAGGGAAGUUUUCACUGGCCCCUGUCUGCUUCCCCCGCAGGACAAAUAGGAGGUCAUUUUUGUGGGGGCUCCGGCAUUGGGGGGGAAGUAUUCACCCCCACACAACCCACACCCUUGUUGUCUCCCCGCCCCCCAGGACUCUGGUGGGCCACUGUGUGAAACCGGUUGCUGGACUAGAUAGGCCUUGGGCCUGAUCCAGCAGGGCUGUUCUUGUGUUCUUAUGACUGCUAUUUAUAAAGAGACCCAAACCAGAAGGAAAACGCACAGACAAAUUAUGUGCUUCAUGGCUGGGCUCGAAUUCUGAGGGCUUCUGGGCUCCCUGCUCUACUCUUUUUCCGCUCUGGGCUCCUGUAUGUAUGCAAGGGUGGCCUUUCCAUGAGGCCAGGUGAGAUGGUUGCUCAGAAGGCAGAUUACUGGGGCAUCAGGGAGGCAGCGGGUUAUUUGGGUGUCAAGGAGGCAGCUCCCUCCCCCCCAGCUUAAAAAAAACAGGCAAAAGCAGGGUGGGGGAGGUUGUGUGCAAGGAGGUUAGAAGUUGGCACCCUUCCUCAGGUGCCCAGAGAAAACACACACACUCUCUCUCUCUGCAUUGGUAGGGGCUCGUCCUCAUGAGCCGGGGCGUCAAGGGAGGCAGCUUGGGUUGCUUUGUUCUCUUCCGCCCCGCCUGAGAGCUGUGCUGCCUGCAGGCUGGCCAUUCGUCAGGUAGAGUUUGUUUGUUUAUUUAUUUAUUCAGUUUCUAUACCGCCCUUCCAAAAAUGGCUCAGGGUGGUUUACACAGAGAAAUAAUGAAUAAAUAAGAUGGAUCCCUAUCCCCAAAGGGCUCACAAUCUAAAAAGAUAUAUAAGAUAGACACCAGCACCAGCCACUGGAGGUAUUGUGCUGGGGGUGGAUAGGGCCAGUUACUCUCCCCCUGCUAAAUAAAGAGAAUCACCACGUUAAAAGGUGCCUCUUUGCCCAGUUAGCAGUUGCACUCUAUCUGAUGAAGAGCUGGCCUGCAGGCAGCACAGUUCUCAGGCGGGACCUGCACAGCUCUACCUGAUGGAGGGCCAGCCUGUCGGCAGCAUGACUCUCUUCCUCCCCUCCCUCCCUCUCACACCCAGACGAGAAGUUCUCUGGGUGCCUGAGGAAGGGCUCAUUAGGAUGAGCCCAUGUGCGUGUGUGUGUGAGUGAGAGAGAGAGAGCACUCCACAGCCGAGGACAGCGCUUCGCACAGCUGGCAAACCUGGCCUCUGGCCCGCAAAAGCUGAUGCCAAGCAAGAUCUAAUAGCCUUGAUGGUGCCACAAGACCUAGUCCGUCUUUCACGGGAAGAUUUGGGCUUUGGGGCACCACGGGGGAGGGGGGGCAGCCUUGUAGGCUUUGGUUCUUCUAGAUGACCAUACAAAUGAGGGGAAUUGACGGCGGGGAGGAGG